GCCGCGCCCGGGGGCCGUUGCGGCUUUAUUAGCGCCCCAGGUUGUGAUGCGCGGCGCAGGCAGGGCGCAGCGAGCAACAGGAGGCGGCGCGGUGACUCGCCACCCCACUGCCGCCCGCGCCCAGCCCGCCCGGCUGCAGCCGGCCUCGGGGCGCCGGCGCUAGCGGGGUACAGCCCGUGCUUCUCGCGCCCUGCCCCAGCAACGGCGACGGGGGGGCACCGCCGCCGCCCGAGGGGAAAAAAGGAAAAAGACGAGGAAAAAACAAAGGGAAGGCGAACGGAGGAAGAGCGCGGUGGGGGCCGGGAGCGUGUGGUUGGGCUGGGCGGCGGUCCCCGGGCGGCCGGCUCGUGAUGGUGCUCCUGCCCCUGUGGGUAGUGGCAGCCGCGCUCCUGGGGGUCCGCGCUGCAGCCGGCCAGCAGGCUGGUAAAGAAGAACAGCUCCAAACAGAAUUACAAAAAAGCAGACUGAGACCGUAUGGGUUAGUGAUUCCAGUUAGUACCAAUGCAGAUGGAAGCUAUAUCUCCAAUAUCCUCUCUGCAAGUCACCAAAGAAGAUCAACACGGGAGGUAUCCCAAAGCCCCAAACAGCUGUAUUUUAACGUCACUGCAUUUGGAAGGGAAUUCCAUCUCCGGCUGAAACCCAACACUCGUUUAGUGGCUCCCAAGGCAGUAGUAGAGUGGUACGAAGACUCUGUGGAAACUGGAAAUGAUGCCGGUAAUACAAAUCAGACUAGAGCUGCUACAGAGAGAUUAUGGAAAAAAGAGCCCCUGUGGACCAGCUGUGCCUAUGUGGGAGACAUAACUGAUAUCCCUGGAGCUUCUGUUGCUAUUAGCAACUGUGAUGGUCUGGCUGGAAUGAUAAGAACUAAUAAGGAUGAAUACUUCAUCGAACCUUUGGAAAGAGGAAAGCAAAUGGAAGAGGAAAAGGGAAGAAUCCACAUGGUUUACAGGCGAUCAGCAGUAGCACAACAUCCCACUGAUAUGCUCCCUGAUGUCCAUAGAGAAGAGUCUCUUCUUGGCAGCCUCGGAGACCUGAGUUCCCUGUACAGCAGCAUAGAGCAGCAACUGAACAAAACCCUGAGGCAACGCAGGCAUGCGGGAGAUGAUGACUACAACAUUGAGGUGCUGCUAGGCGUGGAUGAUUCUGUCGUCCGAUUCCAUGGCAAAGAACAUGUUCAAAACUACCUCCUCACCCUAAUGAACAUAGUGAAUGAAAUCUACCACGAUGAAUCCUUGGGUGUUCACAUAAAUGUUGUGCUGGUCCGAAUGAUCAUGUUGGGGUAUGCGAAGUCCGUUAGCUUGAUUGAAAGGGGGAAUCCGUCAAGAAGCUUGGAGAACGUUUGCCGCUGGGCAUAUCAGCAGCAGAAGUCAGACCCCAAUCACUCUGAGCACCAUGAUCAUGCCAUCUUCUUAACCAGGCAAGAUUUUGGGCCGGCUGGUAUGCAAGGAUAUGCACCUGUUACUGGCAUGUGUCACCCUGUCCGUAGCUGUACUCUCAACCAUGAGGAUGGGUUUUCAUCAGCUUUUGUUGUUGCCCAUGAAACUGGUCAUGUGCUGGGAAUGGAGCACGAUGGGCAAGGGAACAGAUGUGGGGAUGAGACAGCAAUGGGGAGUGUUAUGGCUCCCUUGGUGCAGGCUGCCUUUCAUCGUUACCACUGGUCCAGAUGCAGCGGCCAAGAGCUCAAAAGAUAUAUACACUCUUACGACUGUCUUCUUGAUGACCCCUUCAAACAUGAUUGGCCUAAACUUCCUGAACUGCCAGGCAUCAAUUAUUCCAUGGAUGAACAGUGCCGCUUUGAUUUUGGCGUAGGCUAUAAAAUGUGCACAGCGUUCCGAACCUUUGACCCAUGCAAGCAGUUGUGGUGUAGCCAUCCAGAUAACCCAUAUUUCUGUAAGACUAAGAAAGGACCUCCACUUGAUGGCACAGAAUGUGCCCCUGGGAAAUGGUGCUAUAAAGGUCACUGCAUGUGGAAGAACACUAACCAGCUGAAGCAGGAUGGCAGCUGGGGACCCUGGACAAAGUUUGGCACCUGCUCACGAACCUGUGGAACUGGAGUUCGCUUUCGAACGCGCCAGUGCAACAGUCCAAUGCCCAUUAAUGGAGGUGAAGACUGUGCUGGUGUCAAUUUUGAGUUUCAACUUUGCAAUACAGAGGAGUGUCCAAAGCACUUUGAGGACUUCAGAGCGCAGCAAUGUCAGCAACGCAAUUCCCACUUUGAGUAUCAGAACAGCAAACACCACUGGCUGCCAUAUGAACAUCUGGACUCUAAUAAGAGAUGUCACCUGUACUGCCAGUCCAAAGAAACUGGAGAUGUUGCUUAUAUGAAACAGUUGGCACAUGAUGGGACUCGCUGUUCCUAUAAAGAUCCCUACAGCAUUUGCGUUCGUGGAGAAUGCGUGAAAGUGGGUUGUGACAAGGAAAUUGGUUCCAACAAGGCUGAAGAUAAGUGUGGUGUCUGUGGUGGAGACAACUCUCAUUGCCGAACUGUGAAGGGAACCUUCACCCGCAUUCCCAAAAAGCUUGGAAAAGAUAUAAGCAAGAGGUGCCAAAAAGAAUUCAAGUUUCUGGAGAAUGAAAUCUGGAAGACAAGAGGAGCAUUUACUUUGCCCAGAGGAGCACGCAAUAUUUCCCUUUCUGAAACAAAUGAGUCUAAAAAUAUGCUGGGGUACCUUAAGAUGUUUGAUAUUCCUCCUGGUGCUCGACAUGUGUUUAUCCAAGAAGACGAGGCUUCUCCUCACUUUCUUGCAAUUAAGAACCAGGCUACGGGACACUAUAUUCUGAAUGGGAAAGGGGAGGAGGCCGUAUCACGAUCUUUCAUCGACCUGGGCGUGGAGUGGGAAUACAACAUAGAAGACGACAUAGAAACUCUCCACACUGAUGGGCCCUUGCACGAUGCAGUGGUUGUGCUGAUCAUUCCUCGGGAGAAUGACACAAGAUCUAGCCUGACUUACAAAUACGUCAUUCAUGAGGACUCAGUACCAACUAUCAACAGCAACAAUGUCCUACAAGAAGAAACAGAUACUUUCGAGUGGGCGUUAAAGAGUUGGUCACAGUGCUCCAGACCUUGUGGUGGAGGGUUCCAGUACACCAAAUAUGGGUGUCGCAGGAAAAGUGAUAACAAAAUGGUUCAUCGCAGCUUCUGUGAAGCCAGCAAAAAGCCAAAACCCAUUCGCAGAAUGUGCAAUCUUCAAGAAUGCACACAACCCCUCUGGGCAGCAGAUGCGUGGGAAUACUGCACGAAAACCUGUGGGAAUUCAGGCUACCAGAUCCGUACUGUGCGUUGCAUUCAACCUCUUCAUGAUGGUGCAAACCGCUCUGUCCAUUUCAAGUAUUGUAGUGGAGAUCGCCCUGAGAGCCGCAGGCCAUGCAAUCGAGUACCAUGCCCUGCACAGUGGAAAGCUGGACCCUGGUCUGAGUGUUCUGUGACCUGUGGGGAGGGAACCAAAACCCGGCCAAUCAUGUGCCGUGCUGGUGACCAGUGUGAUGGAGAAAAGCCAGAAUCAGUGAGGGUUUGUAAACUCACUCCCUGUAAUGGAUUAUAUGAGUAUACAGCUCCAAGAUUGUACUUAUGGAACCUACUUAAAGGAGAUAAGUACAAAACCAAAUCUUCGCACUAUCACUUGAGUCAUGAAAUCUAAAUGAUCACAAAGCAAUUUCACAACAAUUAACCAGGAGAGAAGAGGACCAGAUAAGGUGCCCUGUCACUUAUGGAAAGGCAAAAAUAAUUGUCUGGUACCUUCUGUUUUGGUUUCUCACUUUAGGUGAUAUUAUUUGCUUGACUUACAUACUGAUAUAAUUGCAGUAUGUUAAUAAGAUGACUGCUGUAAUUUUCCAGAUCAGGUGCUUUCAUUUACACAGUAGCAUAAUGAUUGUUCAAGAUAUGAUGCAAAGAUUUGUGUUUCAAUAUUAGCUUUUCUAGUUUAGAUUAAAUCUGAUAUAGCCCUCAAAUUGCCCACGCUAGAUUCCUGCUGAAAAUAGUCUUAUAGAGCCUUUGUGGCAUACAUACAUUCCCAUGCAAAGUUGCAGAUUUAAUGCUAGGCCUGUCAAGAACCAACAAACAUUUAUCCAAGGAAGCACAUCAGGGAAGCAUGGAAAAAUUUUGUGUUACAUGCUGCAUUCACAUCAUUUGCUUUUUAUAAACAACAUCCCACAACCCCACUGACGUAUAUGUGUAUAAUUUUACAGAAUUCAGUGGAAUUAAGCUGAUUUACAGUGAUUCAGAGAUUUGGCUAUGGUUAAUAUUUUAAAACAGGAAAACUGGAUUGCCUAACAUACUAUUGACAUGUGGUGAGGCAGCAUCUGUACACAGGUGAAAAAAAAUCACAGUACAGAAAGUUAAUUUCAGAGCUUAAGUGGUGUUACAUGCCAUCUGUUGCGCAUUAAAAUGUUGACUACGUAAUUGCUAACUAUGAAUGGAGGACUAGACAUGAAACAGAUCUUCUCAAUAGCUGGGGUUAACUUUUGGCUUUUCCUGUUAUAAUUUGGCAUACUUCUAUUUUAAGUAAAAUCCGUCAUUACCAUUUUAAGCCAGCUACGGUAUCUUAGGAAAAUUCUGUUAAUGGCAACUUUUUGCCCCAAAGUGUUUGAAUAGUGACUGGAUGCACCAAGCUGCUCAUUUGUCCCCACUGCUGGUUUUAUAUCCUGUGAAGAGUUACAUGUUUGUAGGUUCCUGAUCUGAUUCUGGAGUGCUGCUAGGGCCUUGGUAUCCAAAUUAGGAGACUGAGGGGAGACAUAGAUGCCCUGUAUUUCUCAAGAGUCCCAGUUGCUGGGCUGAGUCCUCUGUGGGAGAGAGACAUAUUCAGCUGGAACACAACACCAAAAUGCACAGUCUGUUUUGAGGGUCCCUGUAGAUGUCUGUGAGAAGGUAAUUACCCCUCUCUGCCUACAGAUGCUUUGACUUGAAAACAGCAAGAUGACUCUUCUGAGUAGCAUUGACCUGCUGCAAGGCUGGACCAGGUCACCUUCUGAGGAACCUCCCUGCAUUAUCUUGUUGGGUGUUCAUGCCACCAAGGCACAUCAUAUUCUUAACUACACAGAUAAAUAACAGCAUAAGUGAGUGGUAGGAUGAGUUAGACACAGGGAGGAGAGUAAUAAGGAAGUAUUAAAUCUCCUCGUUUUAAAAUCUGCCAAUGGUGCAGGCCAUUUCAAAUGUUUGGAGCCAACCUUCAAUCUUCUUCUGUGCUUUAACACUGCUCUGCUCAGAUACAAACUGAGAAUUUGACUAUUUCUGUCAAAUGAGUAAAGUUUUAAUUGAAACAGUUUCCCCUACAGAAUACCAAACUAUGCAGGGAACAUGUACCCUCAUACAGUCCAUACAAUAGACUGCAAGACUAAGGACAGAAAUUCUCAACAGUGCCACCUGCUCAUGAAUGCUACAAACUCUCAGUGUUUGUCCCAGCCCUGGUGUUCCUGGUUUUGAUUGCGGGGUGACAAUAAAACUCUGGCAGAUGUAUUGUUAACCCCCUUUCCCCCCACUUCUCCUUCAGCCACUCCCUCUCCCCUCUUCCCACUAAGGACAGGCGAUUGGGAGGGAAAGAAGGACAGAGAGAAGAGAGCUGGAAAAAUUAAAAAUGUUUUACUAAUGCUACUAAUAAGAAUAGAGAAGAUAAUACAAAAUAAACAAAACCGAUCUUGAAAGUCCCAGCAACUGCAGAGCCAGCACCCGAAGUCCUGGAUUGGACUCUGCAGCCAACCGGAGCUGGAUUCAGUCUGUCACUAGGCCUCAGUUCGCAGGGACGACUAGCAUGGUCUUCUCCUAAUGUCGGCCAUAAGCAAAAAGGAAAAGAAAGGGACAAGAUCCUCAUGAUCUCCCAUUUUUAUAUGAAGUAUUCACAUGAAUGGAAUGUUAUACAGUGUUGGUCAGUUUCUUGGUCACCUGUUUCUUAUUGCCCCUCUCGCAAGAUGUAUCCAUUUGUUAUCAAUAACUUCUCAUUCCAUUGCUAUGUUUACCAAAACAUGUAUCUGGUUCUCCAGGAAAAUGCAGCUAAUAUGAAGGCUUUAGCUGACAGGCAAAUUCACUAAAAGAGAAACUUAUUUUUUAACAAAACCAGGACACCUGGUAACAAUAAAACUUAGGACUUCAUCUCCGAGUUCAUGUGACAGUCUGAAGGAGCCUGAGUACUGAUGUGCUCUUAGCUCAAUAUCAAAUUCUUAAAGAAACUUUGACAUUUUUGAGACCUCUGAUAGACCUUUGACCUCUUUAAGAUCUUGUCUCUAACUGAAAGGAACACCACACACAAGGCAUCUGAUGCCUGACCUAUCUGUUAAAAUUCAGAAAUAUAUUUUAUCCAACUAUAUAACCUUUUAGUUUAAGAGAUCAUAUAAAAGGCAUCUUUGAGAAAUAUUACUUGGGAUUUCUUUUCUUUAAGGGAAAAUUUAAUUGUUUUUAAUACAUAAUGUUGAUAGAUGAUAUCCUCAGGCUAGAAUUGAAGGUGGUGUGGGCUGGGUAGAGCUACAUCUGGCCUGGUGUUUGAGAGCUCUAGUACCUUAGCUCUGGAAAUUGUCUGUAGCACUCUGCAAAUCUAACAUGCCUUUCCACAGCUCUUUGAAAACGUCAGCUUCUGUGCACAUCAGAAGCAAAGUGACUGCUGAUUUCUUUGAUACCUGACUAGGGUUAUUUUUUAGGGUGGUGGUGAGUUCUGUCGGGGGAUGAAGCAUCUCAGGUUACAUAUCCAGAGUAGCCCAUCAUUUGGGGAAUAUAGUGAGAACUUUAUCUGUGCCCGUGUAAAUGCUGUCUGGGCAUUUCAGUGCUCUUCACUAGCUUUACCAUC